AUGGCGGGAGCUCACGCGGGGCUGGGGAUGGAGGGCGCCGGCGCCGGCGGCAGCGGCAGUGGCGGCCGGAGCAGCAAUCGGACCCUGUCCUAUAGCCGCUGGAGUUAUGACAGUGUUUUGGACGAUGAAGGCAGCACCCUACGGCAGCAGAAACUCGAGAGGCAGAGGGCUUUGCUGGAGCAGAAACAAAAGAAGAAGCGCCAGGAACCUCUGAUGGUACAGUCCAACCCAGACAGUCGCACGAGAACACGCCGUGCACGGCAAUCUGAGGAACAGGCCCCACUGGUGGAGUCCUACCUGAACAGCAACAGUAGCACCAGCUACAACGCAGUACAGGAGGCUGAACAGGAUGACGGGAAGUUGGGCGAGGACCCUUUGAUGCCCAGAUCAGCCAAGAGGAGCCCCGCAGCAGGGGCAACGGCAGCAGGCGGUCAGGGUGGUAUCUCUAAAAAGGAGAAGAAGGGGAAACCCAAAGGGAGUGAUGGGUUUUUCUCGGAUGGUGAGCCUGACCCGAACGUGCAGAUCCUGACAGUGGGUCGGUCUGGCUCCAGUAGGAGCCUGGCAGAGGCAGCAGCUGCUGGAGGGCACCAUUCAUCCAAACAGGACCUCCGUACCACAAUGCAAACAAAGGGGAUCUCCAGCAGCGUGAACUUUGACGAAGAAGAGGAGGAAGAGGAGGAAGAAGACGAUGAAGGGGACAGCUCCAGCUCUUCUCAGUUAAACACCAAUGCCCGGCCGGGCUCCGCCACCAGCAAGAAGUCAAGUAAGGAGACAGCCUCAGCCCCCAGCCCCUCAGCCCAAGCACCGCUCAUCGAGGUGGAGGACCUGGAGGAGUUCGCGCUCCGGCCAGCCCCACAGGGCAUCACCAUCAAAUGCCGCAUCACGAGGGACAAGAAGGGGAUGGACCGAGGAAUGUACCCCACCUACUAUCUGCACAUGGAACGGGAGGAUGGGAAAAAGGUAUUUCUCCUGGCUGGAAGGAAGAGGAAGAAGAGUAAAACAUCCAAUUACCUCAUCUCUGUAGACCCGACGGACUUAUCCCGAGGAGGAGAGAGCUUUGUGGGGAAACUCCGGUCAAACCUCAUGGGAACAAAGUUCACCGUGUAUAACAAUGGAGUCAACCCAAUGAAGACAUCAUCAUCAAAUCUGGAAAGUGCAAAUAUAAGGCAGGAGCUGGCAGCUAUUUGCUAUGAGACUAAUGUCUUGGGAUUUAAGGGCCCUCGGAAAAUGAGCGUGAUCAUUCCUGGCAUGAGCAUGGUGCAUGAGAGGGUCUCCAUCCGGCCUCGAAAUGAGCAAGAGACAUUGCUGGCUCGAUGGCUAAGCAAGAGUACAGACACCGUCAUUGAACUACACAACAAGACGCCAGUGUGGAAUGAUGACACCCAGUCCUACGUGCUCAACUUUCAUGGUCGCGUCACGCAGGCCUCUGUCAAGAAUUUCCAGAUCAUCCAUGCAAAUGACCCUGACUACAUCGUGAUGCAGUUUGGCCGGGUGGCAGAGGACGUGUUCACCAUGGAUUACAACUACCCGAUGUGCGUCUUGCAGGCGUUUGCCAUCGCGCUCUCCAGCUUCGACAGCAAGCUGGCCUGUGGCAAUUGAUGCUCCACUUCCAAAGACGUGGCCUAACGCAGCCGAUUUCCAUUGGUACCCAGAAUUGUAAGUGAGCCCCUGGCUACCCGCCCGUGGAAAGUGACCAGAAGACAGCAUUUGGCUUCUCCCUGCUCCGGCUCAGUCCACCUCUGAAGCGUGGGCUGGGCCGCCUUUGUCCCUCCAAAUCCCUGGGAGUGAAUCCUGGCUGGCUCCUGGCUGACCUGAGGUGGGUGGUCAGUGCUCCCUCUAGCAGUGAGUGGACACUGCUUCCCAGUCAGGAACAGACUCACACACUAGACAGGGGCCCAGCCUUCUCCCCUUUUAAGGGGUUGUGGGGACUACUUGUGCUUAAUCGGCUCAAAGCUUGGCUUGACAUUUCUAUGUGCUUUUGCUUUCGGAAAGGAGAGAUUGGGGGAGCAUUCUGUUUUUUAUGAGCAUUCCAACUGAGUUUUUAUUACAAGACCAAAUCAGAGAAAACCAAAUCACCCCUACCCCCACCCCAUCCCCUGGUGCCCAUCACAUAGUCCAGCUCAUCACAGUGCCUUUUUUUUUUCUUUUCUAUAAAGGAUCUCCCUACCCCCUCUCUCUUCUUAUCUCUUCUUCCUAAGGCUUGCUAGAAUCUGAGCUGGGCUGGGCCUCAGGUGUUUCCUGUGAUGUAGCUGACUCUCAGUGAGUUAGAAAGUGGCCCGGCCAGAAGGCCUAGCAUCACCUCCAUGCUGACAGCCCAGACUUAGCCAGUCAUUUCUCAUAAUGCCUAGAAUGUGUUAUGUCUAUUUGCACAAGAGUGUCUUUUCCUAUUUUCGAGUGGUCAGACAUUUUAUUUUUGUUCAAAACUAUCUGGAGUUUUAGAUGAACCUGUGCUUUUAUUAAGUGACUUUUUAAAUAAACUCUUUGGUAUUUGAGCAAAUGUAUUUAUUUAUCAGUAUGUGCAAUGCCUAAUUUGGUAUUUUCAUAAUGACAUGUCUGGUGUAGGAAUUAGUGUUUGGCUACAUACAGAAAGCAUACUAACAAAUUAAACCUUAACUG